AUGGACAACUUUGUCUUCUACUACUACAAGCCGUCGCUGGCGGCAGCAGUCAUAUUCACUGUACUCUUCGGCCUAUCGAGCAUACUACACUUUUACCAACUGAUUCGAACGAGAACAUGGUUCAUGAUCCCCUUUUUUAUCGGCGCGCUGUUGGAAACGAUCGGUUACAUUGGACGCCUGCUCGCUUCUUUCCAAGCACCCGACUACACCAAGGGCCCCUACAUCAUGCAAAGUGCCUUGAUCCUGAUCGCGCCCGCUUUCCUGGCUGCCAGUAUCUACAUGACUCUCGGACGCAUCAUCCAAAUGCUUGAUGCAGAGAAGCUCUCGUUGAUCAGAGUUCGGUGGCUGACCAAAAUCUUUGUCGGCGGUGAUGUGCUCUCGUUCCUCAUGCAAGCAUCGGGUGCCGGAAUCCUCGUCUCGAGCUCUAAUGGACCUUCCACCGGCGAACACAUCAUCAUUGGUGGUCUCUUCGUGCAAAUCAUCUUCUUCGGUCUGUUCGCGAUCAGUGCCGUCAUCUUUCACACACGUGUGAACAAAGCACCCACACCCCGGUCCAUCGAGUUGAAAUACCUGUGGACUCGCCACAUGAUUGCUCUCUACGUCUCGAGCAUUUUGAUUCUGAUUCGUUCGGUGAUUCGUGUGGUUGAGUAUCUUCAGGGAUACAACGGGUAUUUGAUGAAGCAUGAGGCGUACAUCUAUGUCUUUGAUGCUCUGCUGAUGUUCGUCACCGUACUCGUCCUUCAGUACAUUCAUCCGAGCGAGAUCAACUGCCUGAUCGGAAGGGGAGAGAAGUACUCAGAGAAGGCGGUCCAUAUUCGCACAUUCGUUCCAGUCUCUGCGCUUGACCUGCAACGCCCCGGUGAGGCGUGA